CGCUGCAGUAAUGCUCGAGUAAAAUUAUUUUUCUUCUCGAAUUUUUCUCUUCGCUCACGAAAAUUUGUUUGAGAAUUUGUCCAAUUUGUUUUUUAUUUCUUCAUUUCGUCGUAGACAAAAAAGUCAAAGAAACGGAAAAGCUCCUAUUAUUUUUACGAGUACGUAUCUAUACUCGUACAAUAUUAUAGAAGAUCGUAUUAAUUCGCUUUUCGGUUCUCGACGAAAAACUUUAUCGUUACGAGGUUGCGACGAUAACAUAGCGAGCAUAGCGAACGUACGCCGUAAGAAUUUAAAGCGGACAGUGCCCGGUGGUCGCGCUAAUCAUUCACCUGGUGAAGCUCAUUGACCCCCUUCUAAUCGGUAAGCUUCGAAGGGGACCCCUAUCCGUAUUUCCAUUACUUUUUUCACAAUUUUCCUUUCGACGAUCGUCGUCCGAUCGACGACGAUAGUUUUCAGUCUCGGACGAGUACCCGAGAAAAGGGAAUACGAACGUAUUCGAAGCUUUCGGACAGAUAAGUGUCGUAGUAGUAGAUUAUCAUAAAUAACGUUUAUUGCUAUAGCCGCGAUAAUUGCCAUGGGAGAUACUCCUUGUUGACUUUUCUAUUCCCCAUUUAUUUUGUGCAACGCAAAAGAUGUAAACGUAAAAAGUGGCUUUUAUCGAAAGUGGGCCGUAUCGUGAAAGCAAAUGUUAAAUCGAUGUACACAAUUCGCGAUCGAAAUAACGUAACUAUGGUAGCGAAACAAAGAUGGAGAUUAUUCCAUCAUAUGGCCGACGAUAAUAUAUCGUUCCUCUUCCAUGAGACCAACGUCUAUCUAUCUCGUCGCGUUAAUUAAAUUUCGAUGUGAAAAUCUUCGGAAAUGUCCGUAAUUCCUUGUCCUUGCAACGAAGAAAAAGAUUCGGAGGAAGAUGGAUUGCGUCCUCGUACCGACGAAAUUUAUCGAACGUGCAAGCUCCCGACGCGAUUCAUGUAUCCAAGUGAGUAUGACGAAGUGACGCGAUAAGUGAAGGAGCCACGAUAUAAAGUCCAUGAGAAAGGAGUUGUUAAAGGAAUAAGGAAUAUUGCGCCAACACUUUUAAGCGUAAAACUUGUGUACUAUCGGUACACAACCGAUAACCUUUCCUUGACCUUAGACCACUUCUUCUCUCUAUCUCUUUCUCCGAAAGAGUCUAUCGUUAGAAAAGUUGAAUUUGAAAGACAAAUUAAAAGCGAAAUCGGCUCGCAUCGAGAAAUCGUUUAUUUAUCGUCUUCGACCGUGCGAUCUUCGUCCGACGUAACGAUACGUAAAGUAAUUCAAUGAAUGCCUUUUUUUGAAACCUAUUCUCUCCCUGGUACACGUAUUACGUUUAAUUUAUCGAAGAUAAAUCGGGAAGAAAAACAAGGGGAAAAAAGAAAGAAUAUUUUUAAUAAAUCGAAUUGGAACAGUUGUCCGUUUCCAAGGGGAAUCAAUUAUUCCGAGCGGCGAAUCAAUUAAUCUAUUUAAUCAAUUUAAGUCCUUCUCUAUCGAUCUUAAUUAGUAGUUUGGAUUCGUCGAGAAUAUUGGAAGGAUUUGAACCUUCCUCCCUUACCGUCAAUAUUCCUCUCGCCAUUCCUUAUUCUUCGCAAUUAGUCGUAAAGUCUACCGCGAGAUAUUCUCGUUAAGUGCACGAUAACGCUCGGCUAUUAAUAAGCAGGCCGUACUCGAUCACUGCGUGCACCCGUUCGAGUCUUAUCACGAAUAAUAAGCGUUUUUAUGUAUGUCACCGCGUAUACCUCGUGUAUUAUUAGUCAUUGUUAUCCGUAAAGAGUCAGUUUCCUUAACGAUUGGAUCCACCACCAAGUACAAACCUAACUGCGAAUAUCGCGUUUAUCGUUAUUAAGCUUUACCUCGUUACGAAAGAAUUUCUCUCUUUGUUUCAAUCUCGUUGUUUUAUUUUCUUUUUUUUUUUUUUUUCAAAAUGUGUCGUCGUUUAAACGAAUUCUUUUUCAAAAUAAGAUAGAAAUGAUGACGAUAUGAAAUGACGACGGAUGGAAAUUAUUCGACAACGAUCGAAUAUCCUGCGUUAAGUUUGAUCCAACGCGAAGCAUUCAUUACUCGCAUCGAAGUAAGAAAAAGGGCUGAGCUGGGAAGAAUAUCGAGUAUCUUAAUGAUUUUACGAGCUUUUACGUGGUUCAGGCGGGAGAAACUCGGACAAUCGGCGUAUUUAUGCCGAGAAUGCGAUAUCUCGAGAAAUGGUAAAUGCGACGAGAGAGAAGUCGUGUCUAUAUGAAGAGAAAACGAUCUCCCACGGGGUCAGUGGAAGUUCAGCUUCACGGUUGAACGUCACGACGAACGUCAUGCUGUGCUUUCUCGUUCUCGUCUUACGAGUUCUCUCGUUUUCCCCGUUAUCCGCGUACGCUUAUGCGGACGAAGAAAUCGAUUGUCAGGUAUAUAAUCAUCUUCACGUUUGUCUCUCGAACGGAAUACUCGAGAGCGUAGCAUUUAAGGACGUAAAGGCCGUUCAAACGAUCGAGGAUACGGAAUUGCAUCUAGAGGAUCUUGCCAUCACGGAUAUCAGAAAGAACGCGUUUCUACGAGUCAACAGUUCGACGGCCCUUUAUUUACGAAACAACGGUUUAUCGAUCGUCUCGAAGCAUUAUUUCGAGUCCCUCGAUCAAUUGACGUAUUUGGAUUUACGAAACAAUUCAAUCCGAGACAUCGAGGAUGCCGCCUUCGCUGGAUUAAAUUAUUUGGAGACGUUGCUCUUGGAUUAUAAUAACGUUUCCUAUUUACGGCCGAACAUUUGGAGGGGCUUGACCGAACUUCACGAGCUCUAUGCCACGAACAACAACAUCGUGCUGAGGAGAAAUGCGUUUAAGGGUUUGAGACAAUUGGAGACGCUCGCCUUGGAUUCUAAUGGUAUAACGGAAAUACCGAUCGGCACCUUCGCCGGGCUACCUCACAUCGAUCUACUUUACUUGUCGAGAAACAAAAUAUCCACCUUCCAGCCGGAUGUAUUCCGUGGGCUUAAUGAGAUAAACGAGUUGGAUCUUGGAAAGAAUCGUUUCCAAUCUCUUCCCGUUGGAGCAUUUCGAUAUUUGAAGAGCUUAAAUUCUCUUUGGUUGAACGGGAAUGCGAUCGAAGCGAUCGAAAAGGACACCUUCGAGGGUUUGGACGAUCUCUCGAUUUUGUUUUUGAAUAACAACGAACUUCGUUACGUCGACAUGUCGGCUUUCGCCAAAAUGAAAAUUGUCACCGUAGAGCCCGGCUUCAAGAUAAACGACGAACUGGUCGAACAUUUUUCCGAAUAUACUGGAAAAUAUCAUUGCACCAACGUUCUCUUUCAGGAGCCCUACGAUUGCAGAUCGUAAUUGUCAGCGUCCAGUCCAAAAUCGUGACCUGUCCGUGACAAAUUGUAUACGCGUAUAAUAGCCCCUACGAUUAUAAUAUCGAUUAAAGUCAAUUAACAGUUUAGAGUUUCUACCUAGAGAAAUUUGUCGAAAUGUAAUAGCUUUUAAAAGAGGUAUUAAGUGACUUUAGGAAACGUUUGCAGCACACGUAUAUAUAUAUAUAUACACAUAUACUUCUCGCACGAAAAGUGCAUAAAAAGAAUUUAUCGUUCGAUAUCGGUCACGUGGAACGCGCAAUGAUAAAUGUAUUAAGCAGCUGCGACUGUUAUGCGUAUGUACUAAAAUAAACUGUAUGUAACGCGUCUCCGAGUCGACUAUGAGAAAACUAUGCAAAUAGGCAAAUAGCUCGAGCGAGUUGUUGGAAAGUAAAAUUUAUCGAUUUAAUAUCGAUCGAUUUUCCAACGAAGAAAUAUACCUAAGCGUCUAUACUGAUCUAUCGAUC